AAGUACUUUCAUACCAAAAUUUAUGUAUUUUUUAUUAUAGAUACAAGUAUUUUGUUUGGAGUAAUUCUCGUGUUUUUUCAUGUUGAUUAUCUAGCAAUUAAUUUUUAAAGACUCAAAAAUAUGUCUACAUCAUUCACAAGUACUUGCAAGUAGCAAGUACAACGGAGACAAAUAACAUGUAAGAAAUAAAUUUUUGUGUAAGUAAUAACAAGUAUUUUUUGGACAAAUCAAGUACAAGUGUAAAGAUUAUUAUUCGUACAAAAUAAGCCAAUUGUCAAAUGUACGUAAAAUAGCAGUAUUUGGCUUGCGUUCAUUCUUGCUAUGUUUUGUGCCAUAUAUAUUGAAAAAUUCAGUGCCAUAUAAUAUGAUACAAAUAUAAUAUAAUUUUGCUCUGUGAAGCAGUAAAUGCCAGUUUAGACUAUUCUUGUUGUUGACAUCAUGAUAAUUAAUGUCAUAUUUAAAAAAUCAUUAUCUCUUCACAAAUCUGUUACAAAAGUUCAUGCAUAUAAAAAACAAGAGCUUUGCUUUAUCAUCACUUGCUCACUUACAAACGUGAAACGUGUUAAGAACAUGGCAGUGAUUUGGCUUCUAUCGCUUCUCUUCCUCAUCUCUAUCCUUAUCACCGCCGUGAAGCGCACUAAGCAGAGCGACGGUCGGCAACCACCAUCUCCUCCUGGCUUACCGUUCAUCGGGAACUUGCACCAGCUGGGACCAUUACCACAUCAGUCUCUAUGGGAACUCUCAAAGAAGUAUGGUCCUGUGAUGUUAGUGAAACUCGGAAGAGUUCCAACAGUUGUAGUUUCUUCCCCUGACACGGCAAAACAAGUUCUUAGAGAUCAUGACCUUAAUUGUUGUAGCCGUCCAAGCGUGGAAGGUGCAAGAAAACUUUCUUAUAACUUUAGAGACAUUGCUUUCUCUAGAUAUGAUGAUUACUGGAAAGAGUUAAGGAAGCUGUGUGUUAUGGAACUCUUUAGUACUAAACAAGUGAACUUGAUUCAACCCAUCAAGAAGAUGGAGAUGAAGAAGCUGAUUCACUCAAUCACUGAAUCUGCUUAUAAGAAAACUCCGGUUAACUUGAGCGAGACGUAUCUUUCCCUGAAUGCUAACGUGGUUUGCAAGGCAUCAUUUGGUGUGAGUUUUCAAGGGACUGUGCUCAACAAUGAAAAGUUCCAAGCUUUAGUCCAUGAGGCUAUUGAGAUGUUGGGGAGCUUCUCUGCUUCAGAUUUUUUCCCCUAUAUAGGUUGGAUCUUUGAUUGGUUCACAGGUUUACAUGCAAGGAGGGAGAGAAGUGUGAGAGAUCUUGAUGCUUUCUAUGAACAGAUGAUUGAUUUACAUCUACAGAAAAAUAGAGAAGAAAGAAGUGAAGAUGAUUUUGUGGACUUGCUCUUGAAGCUGGAGAAGGAAGAAGCUGUUCUUGGAUAUGGCAAACUCACAAGAAACCAUAUCAAAGCUAUCUUGAUGAACAUUCUUCUAGGGGGAAUCAAUACUUCUGCAAUAACCAUGACAUGGGCAAUGGCGGAACUCGCAAGAAACCCACGAGUGAUGAAGAAAGUUCAAUCCGAAAUCAGAGACCAGAUAGGGAAAAACAAAGAAGCAAGAAUCAUAAGCUUAGACGAAACAGAUAAACUCAAGUACUUGAAAAUGGUAAUCAAAGAAACAUGGAGGUUACAUCCAGUGUCACCUCUUCUAGUGGCAAGAGAAGUAAUAUCUGAGUUCAAGAUCAACGGCUACACAAUUCAACCAAAGACAAGGCUUCAUGUCAACACAUGGGGUACUGGACGCGAUCCCGAGAUAUGGAAAGAUCCAAAAGAGUUUAUCCCAGAGCGGUUUAUGGACCGUGACAUUGAGGCAAAUGGGCAGCACUUUGAGUUGUUACCCUUUGGAGGUGGUCGAAGAAUUUGUCCAGCAAUGUACAUGGGGGCGACAACAGUUGAGUUUGGUCUCGCGAAUCUCUUGUAUCAGUUUGAUUGGAAGAUACCAGAAGGUGUUGAAGAUGUUGACAUGGAUGAAGCUUCUGGACUCACUUCCCAUAAGAAACAUGAUCUUCUACUUGUUCCUGUGAAAUCUUUUGAUUUUUGAUCUAAAAUAAGCCUAUAUUUUGUUUGGUUGAAUAAAACUAAGUCUAUAGUUUAUAGUUUACUUUAUGAAAUAAAUUGUAACUAAUGAAGUGUAAAAGAUUUAGACACGCCAUAACGGGUGUCUAUUCCAGUUUUUUGUUUGAUUUUCUGUUAAUAACGGGUGUCUAUUCCAGUUUUCUCUUUGACCAAACGAUGUAACAAAAUUGUGAAUUCAAGUAAUUGACAUUUUUUUAUUGAUGAAAAUGUUGGUGUUAUGUUUUACUCAAAUUUAUAAGUAUUAUUUUUAUGACAUUUCCCCCAAAAACUAGGUGGUGAACAGAAAAAAAAACUUGAUGAGUAACCAAUUUGAUAAUGUAGCUAUGAUAUGUCUGUUGAAUAUAUUAUAAUGAUAAUAUUAUUUAUUCACUAAUUAAAGAGAUCGACUGAAUACGAUGAAAAUAUUUUUAUAUAAUAAAAUUGUGAGUGGAAUAAAAAGAAUUCAUGUACUAUUUAAAAAUUCACAUUUACUUUUGGAGGAAGAACCAAAGUGUUCAAAUCAAAAUUUCUAUUCUUCAAAAAAAGAAAAAAAAAUUCAUAUUCAAUAUUCGUUUUGUUUCGUAAUAUAUGAUGUUUUGUCUCAAUAAACACAUAUUACAAAAAAAAAAAAUUCUAAAAAAUAUCACCAACUUAACUGAAUAUAUAAUUGGUUACUGUUUUGAUUCCAUGCAUUCUAUAUAGGAUAAUGUUUUCCACUCUAUUUAUGAUGCAACAU